CCACCAUCGGUGUGGACUUCCGCGAGAAGACGGUGGAGAUCGAGGGGGAGCGCAUCAAGGGUUAGGUGGAAGAGUGUCCUGAUCUGGCACAAGAAUGUUUGUGAGGUGAGAUGUGCUUUGUGCAGUUUGUUUCUGUGGUGGGGAUGGUGGCCAAGUACAUUGGGAAAAGGAUGAGAAGCAGGGAGCAGUGCUCUCUGAAUCGUAGAAUCCCAGCCUGGUUUGGCUUGAAGGGACCUUAAAGCUCAUAUAGCUCCAACCCCCUGCCACGGGCAGGGACACCUUCCACUAGAGCAGGUUGCUCCAAGCCCCUGUGUCCAGCCUGGCCUUGAACACUGCCAGGGAUGGGGCAGCCACAGCUUCUCUGGGCACCCUGUGCCAGUGCCUCAGCACCCUCACAGGGAAGAACUUCUGCCUAAGAGCUCAUCUCAAUCUACCCUCUGGCAGGUUAAAGCCUCUUGUCCUGUCCAUACACUCCCUUGUAAACGCAAGUGCUGAGGGAUCUCUCUUACUAGAUCAGCUGGGCUUGCUUGGUGGAAUUACCCAAGCAUGUGCCCUGUCACAUACAGCCUUGGGCACUGUCAGUGUAGGACUAAAGCUUGUGUAACUCAUCCACCGAUCCUGGUUCAUGUAAUAAGACAUUGCCUCUCCCUGCAAGGCUCAUUGCCUGCACCCUGCCUCAGGAUGACGCGCUGUGGUUGGAAGGGGCGGUGGGAAGCUCUCCCACAUCUUCCUGCAGGGAGCUUGGCCAGCAGCCUGCCUCGGGGGACACGCAGCGCUCCCGCAGCCUUCCUUCUCCUCUGCUUUGCUUCCCAGGUGCAAGUGUGGGACACGGCUGGCCAGGAGAGGUUUCGGAAGAGCAUGGUGGAGCACUACUACCGCAACGUGCAUGCUGUCGUCUUCGUUUACGAUGUCACGAAGAUGUCGUCCUUCACCAACCUCAAGACGUGGAUCGAGGAGUGCAACGGGCACGCAGUGUCCCCCCUUGUCCCCAGGGUGCUCGUUGGGAACAAGUGUGACUUGAAAGACCUGAUCCAAGUGCCAUCCAGCAUGGCCCUCAAGUUCGCCGACGCUCACAAUAUGCUUUUGUUUGAGACCUCGGCCAAGGACCCUAAGGAGAGCCAGAACGUGGAUGCCAUCUUCAUGUGCCUGGCCUGCCGGCUGAAGGCGCAGCGCUCGCUGCCCUGCCGGGACCUGGAAGGCUGGUCGGGCCAGGCCCGCAGGCUGGAGCCAGCGCACAACACCAGCAGUAAAACCUCCUGCCCAUGCUGAGCGGGGCCGGCGGCCACGGCCCCGGUCCCGGUCCCCCCAAUAAAGUUUCUCGGCUCCAGGCA